AGAUCUCUCUCAGCCAACAUCAGUUAUGUGGUGACAAUCUCAAGAGUAUAAAAGCAAAUGUCACAUUUCCAAGAAGUAUCAUUCAGUCAGUCAUCAGCUUUUAGUUAACAUCCUCAACCAGAACCGAGAUCCAUAACUUAGCAACCAUGGUCUUUAAGUGUGUAGUCAUCCUUGCCACUGUUGUAGCUUGUGCCAAUGCCGGAAUAUUACAACAGCAACUCCAACUGCAACAACAACAACUCAUCCAAGAGCAACCCCAAUCGGUGAUCCUGCAAGCCGGACCACACCCGGACGAAUUAAGAUCCAGUCCAGCUCAAUACGAAUUCCGCUACUCCGUCCAUGACGUUGGCACUGGUGACAUCAAGGACCAGCAAGAGGUCCGUGAAGGCGAUCAAGUUCGUGGCCGUUAUUCCCUCAUCGAACCCGAUGGCAACCGUCGUGUCGUGGAAUACUCCUCCGAUCCCCUUCUCGGAUUCAACGCCAAUGUCCGACACGAACCAUCACCAUACCAAGCACCAAUCACCCUUGCUUUGAAUCGUCAAUCGUUGGCAAUUACACCGGGAUCUGCACAAAUUGACCAGCUGGGUUCACAGUUGAUCUCACAGCAGCAACAACAACAGCAGGCUGGUUUGCAUUAAAAGAAGCUUACUACACUGUUGCAUCACACACACACACACUCUCACACUAAUUUUACUCUUAGCCAACUUCUUCUUUUAUUUAGAUCCAUUUUCUAGUUUCUUUUCAUUUAACAUACAUUAUACAUACAAACAUUUAUGUGACAAUUCAACUGUCAAUUGUGGAAUGUCAAUUGUCAACUGUCAAUUGUCGACUAUCUAUUGUCAACUGUCAGUUGUUAAAUGUCGAUUGUCAACUGUCAAUUAUUAACUGUCAUAAUGCAUUUUGUUAAUAUUCUGUAAUCAUUUUCUCUUAUAUUCAUAUUCUAUAUUUUGUACUACCUUUUACUACUACUACUACUUUAUAUAAUAAUAUGUGAAUGUAUUAUUUUGUUUUAUACUUUUUUAUAUAAAAUGUUUUUUAUCUAUGUAAUUAUUCUUUUUGUUUACUAUAUUUUUGUUUGUAUAAGUGUAGUAGAACUGAUGGACUGGAUGUAUGAGGAGGAAACGAGAACAAGAACAAGAACAAAAACAAA